GUUGCAUUUGAGUAGUGCUUGAAGUUAGACUUUGAAGGUAGCAAUAUCAAACAGCUGCAUUAUUGUUGGGAACAGAAGAGGUAAUGCCUGUAGGAAUCGGGUCGGCAGUGCUGGGGGCGCUCAGAGCCGUGUCCGUCGAGCCGGUGAUGCUGGUGGACGGGGCGUGCAAUCAGGCGAUGCUGCUCUUCAUCGAGAACGUUCAGAUGAACAAAAUUUGCUCUGUCAGCCUUGGAUUUCCUGAUCAAGUGUGCAAUAACUUAUCGGCCCAUGAAGAGAGAAAUGUUCUGGUCCAGCGAGAGUUCAGCGUCUUUACCUUUUAUAACAGUAUCAUCAUGUCUGUCAUUCCUCUUAUCUUCGUGCUCUUCAUGGGAGCUUGGAGUGAUAUAUAUGGCAGAAAGAUCCCCUUGUUAAUAACAUUGACUGCUCAUGUACUGCACGCUGGAGGAUAUCUUCUGAGCAACUGGCAGACGUCUUGGCCGGUUGAGGUCAUCUACUUCGUCACCCUCUUGGAGGCUUUGGGCGGCGCCAACGUGGGCCUCUUGUCUACCACCAUCAGCUACAUCAGUGACAUUUGCCCUGAGAAAACUCGCACCUCUCGCGUCAGCACAGCCAACUCUCUGUGGUACCUCGGGGGUCCAGUGGGCACCCUGGUCGGGGCGCUGGUCAUCAAGUACGGAGGCUACAACUUGGCUCUCCUGCUGGUUCUGCUGGCCUACCUCUCGGCCGUCCUCUACGUGGUCUUCGUCAUCAAAGAAUCGCACGGACCUUUCGCCAAGACGGCUUUGCAGGCCCACGGAUCAGCCAAGCAGGAACCAAGUCCCGACAGCAAGGAAGUGUCCAAGCUCCGCAUGGCGUCCGAUUUCUUCAAUUGGCGGCGUGUGGUCGAGUCCUUCAAGACGGCGUUCAGACAGCGUGAGGGCAACACUCGAAUAGUUCUGUUGGCUAUUGUCUUCAGCAACAUGAUUCGGCGGGCUGCUAGAGGUUUCUUCAUGUACAUGUUUGUGCGUCGAGCGCUUAGUUGGGAGGCCACCGACUAUGGCUACUGGGCCACAUAUCGGAACCUACUGGCGGCCACUGGUUCUUUACUGCUGGUUCCAGUCUUAACCAAUUCGCUAGCAACCACUGAUGUUUUAUUGAUAAUAAUGGGAUCUACUUCCCUUAUUGGAGAAUAUAUUUGCUACGGCCUUGUCAGCGGCGUGUCUCAGAUGUUCCUCAUGUGGCUUGGGCCUCCUGCCGGAAUAAUUUCGAACGCCAGCGUCAUCGCCUUCAGAUCCAUGUCAACUAAGAUUGUCAGCAAAGAAGAAAAAGGUCGCAUCAGUGCUGUCAUGGCCGCCAUGAACGGCCUGAUGCCCAUGGUCGCCUACGCCGCCUAUUCCCCCAUUUACUACGUGACUGUCGAGACCUUCCCCGCCACGCAGUUCUUCUUCGGAGCCUCACUCAACCUCUGCGUAGUCGCCAUGUUCACAAUAAUUCACUUUACGUAUUCAUCGGUAUCUAUGGGCUCCUGCAAGUCAAAAGAUCUUGAAUCGGGUUAGAAAUUAAUAGGACAUUUCUUGAAAAGAUGAAGAGCAAAUACGCUUUCAGCUUACAACUAGCCCCGGGGACCCUCAGCCAUUCGCCAAAGACCAUUAGACCCGGAGAGAGAGCAGACGCUGCCGCCGUCCGAGCGCUGCCCUUUGGCCCUGGACGAACGCAAACACCGGCGCCCUUGGCCGACGGAGACCGAAAAGGACGCGGACAGAGGCUGACUCUCCUUCGGUGCGUCGCGGUGAAGCUCCUCCUUCGAGGUCUGACGAGGAUAAAGACCCAAAUCCUGGGAGCAAAUAGAAAGUGCGGUUGUCAAGAUGAUCUCAUUACGGAUAUUCAGACAAUACCUAGGGAUAAGCAAACAUCUUCCAAGAUGGAAUGAAGACAGCUGCUACGGGUUCGACGGGCGAUACGGGUGUAGAUUAUGGAGUAGAUUAUCGAUAAGACUGAAAACGAUCGUUGAAUUAGAAUUUACAGUUAUCAAAUCUUCUAUGAAUGUCAUAAUUUGACCGUUAUAAUUCGACCUUAAUUUAGAUUUUAUUGAUAUAAUAUAAUGUCUAAAAAUAUUUGCCAUAUCUAACUUGCAUAUUACAUAGGUUUUAUGGGUGUGUACGAGUGCCAAUAAUAUAUGUAUCAAAAUUUACCGCUCGCUAUCCUUCUACUGGUUUCCUUUAUUGCACUGUUACGAAGAUUAGAGCUAACCUGUCAAAUACAUAUUAUGAAGGCACGUAAUUGCCAUUAUGUGUUAGCCGUCAACUUCAUAUGAAAUAUAUCUAUUCAUAUAAUUUCCGUUUCUUUGCUUCGGUAAUCAUCAAAUGCGCAUUAUUGUUCAGUGUAGAGCCUGCACGCUGACUGUUUUGUUGAUAUUAUUUUUCCAAGGUUACUACGGCACUGGGGUUGGGGUCUUGUUACGUGUUGUUGAAGCUGAAAUGGUAACAAAUGAAGAAAGCAUACAUUACAUUUUCACGUUACAUAUUAAUUAUCACAUGCAUAGCCAUGCAAUGUAUGGCUAGGAUAGACCGAAAAAUGAAAUAUAGAAUGAUUUCAAAUCUAUUUCAUUUUCCAGUAAAAUGAUUUUGUGUAUAGUGUUUGUUGUGUCAUUUCAUAAGGACAUUAGUGUAUUUAACGUACUAAUCGGGAUGCAUUACCCCGUCCCCCACUCUGCAAGGCUCACGACCCUGCCCUUUUCCGGUUCGCACCCCCCCCCCCCCCCCCCGAAAAGGACAGGGCUCUAUCCUUGAAAACGCUUGGCUUUCUGUCGCUUCAAACUAGCGGUGGAUUGCUACAGAUCAGGAAAUUAUUUUUGGGGAGGGGGAAUUAUAUAACGCUUAAUGUUACACUUGCGUAAGACAGUGGUUUAUAUAACUUAUAUCCAUAAUGCCAUGCUUGUUUGUUUAGUUAUUUGAGCAAAUGGAGUAUGAGGUGGCGUUAAGUAUUACAAUCACAGUUUUACGAACUUUAAAUCUAGAAACUCUGUGAGAGCGCCAUUCGUUUAUCCGGCACUAACUCCCAUAUCGGAGUUUAUGGCUGUAACAUGUUUGAAAAUAGAAUUAUAUAAAAAUAACAGCAACAACAAUAAAGGGGAUGAAGAUAACAGUAUGUUAUCGUUAUGGCCUUAUAUUUCCAUUAUAUCUGCUUGCCAAUAUAAAUGAUGUUCGAAAUAACUAACUAAACAAGAUAAUUUAGCAUUUGAGAUUCUUUCACUUGACCAAAAACAUCACGCUGGUCAUAAUCUAUUUUUUUUCAUUCAUUUUUUUUUUUUCGAAAUUUCCAAUCCCACCUGUCCCUUUUUGAUGCGAAUACCCACUCCUUAACCAUCAACCACAAUAUAUGCCGCAUACCUGAGCAUUUUGAUAGUUUUUGUGGUCUGCCUUUUAGGCCUAUAUUUAGCGUGAUCGGCUUAUGUGAGACAGCUUAUAGAUGAAAUAUAGGAAGCCGCAUAUGAACCAUGAAAUGGCACAGCUGAUUAAACUGAGAAAUCAGAAAAAAGGGCUCUCUACUCAUGAAAAAGUUCUCUGCUAAGGCAACAAGGUACCUUGUAUAUCUGUGGUACAAAAGAUAUGUAACAUGUAAAGAAAUUAGAUAGCAAUAAUAGUUAAUAAAAUAACUAAAGACUG